UGUUGCACAACGUUUGUCCCUCGAGCACGACAUGAGUACGACUGGCGGUGUCGUUCUCUUUCUUCUCUCUUGUGCGGCUUGUCUUGCAUCACUCCCAGUCCCAUUUCCUGACUGUCGCUGCGAAUCGACGGCUGUCGUAUGCAGCAUGCAAACUGAGAACAUUUGGAAAGACUACACGCUCGGAGGCGUCGUGCAAGUUGAUCUCGGCGAUCAGAAGAACGGCACUUGCGUGAGCAAACGUUUGCAGCACACGGGAAGACGACGGCUUUCUGGUUUAGUUCCAGACAGUACCGCUCUGAAAUGGAAUUGCAAGUCUGAUGUAAUAAAAUUCGCCUUGAUGCAGAGCGUUUCUUCUAGUAGGUACUCUGCGGAUUCCCAUUGCUAUGCAGAGCAGACGGCCAACAGGAGCGCAGAUUUAGCGUUGCGGAUACCGGACCAACUUCAGUUUAUUCAUUAUAUCUAUGAAGACCAGCAAGGCAGAUUUAAGGAAAGGACACUAGACAUUCAGCAAGCAGAACAACUGCAAACAGAACUUCAGACCUUACAGUUGUCAUCCAAGUGUAACUGUGAGCUUGAAAUUAUUGUCAAGUGGAUGUUGGGCAGAGGACGACCAACUCGCGUGGGUUGCUAUCUUGAUAGCGUAAUCUUGUUGUCAGUGACACUAGAAGGUGACAGAUGUGGUAUUUUGUCAGUAGAGAAUGGCAACGUUUCGUGUACUCAAACAUCACCAGAUGAAGAAUCAUGUGUCAUUACGUGCAACCAUGGCUACAGUUUGGGUCAUAACACCACACGUGCAAAUCCGUUCAACUGCACUAAGUCGAUAGGCUGGGAAGGUGGAAGACCAUACUGUCAAGCUAUCGACUGUGGUUCCUUUCUACUACCUCGACGUUCUCUCUCCAGUGUGAUUUGUUCAGGGACAAAACUUAGUGACACGUGCUCAGUUUCGUGUCCACUUGGAUAUGUGGUGGACGAUAAUUUUGUUUCUGUAUGUCAAGACAACGGCGUCUGGAGUGAUGUUAAUAGCUCUUGUACUCUAGUGGUGUGUCCGCAUCCGCAAGUAACAAAUGCUACUGUUACCUGCAACUCCACUGUAUUUGGUGGAACAUGCAAUAUUACUUGCUUACCGGGUCUUCUUCUGGACGAUGAUAAAAUCGAAUAUCUUCCCAACAGUUACAGCGUAAAAUGCAAUGCGUCUGGUGCGUGGAACAGCACGCUCUAUUCGUGCAACAGACCGGUCACGUGUGCUCAACCACAGCAAAUCUCCAACGGAACAGUCACGUGUUCAGGAAGUGCCUACUUGGACAUAUGUAAAUACGAGUGUUCCGAUGGAUAUUUUCUGGACGGUUUUUCUCAACGUACUUGCACUGAAUUAGCAAUGUACUCGGAGGAUGAACCAACUUGUUUACCACGAGAUUGUGGUGAUUUGCCAGCAACGACGUUUGGUAGUAUCGCCUGCACAGGCACAAAGGUUGGUGACAGCUGCACUAUUACAUGUGACCGUAGCUAUACAUUGGUGGUACCUGGGCGUCGUUUCUGUUUGGUGAACGAAUCGUGGUCUAGUAACUCAACCGAAUGCAAGAGAAACUACAGUUAUUGUGUCGACAACACUACUUCUACAGCAACGACAGCGACGUGUGACGUUGGACUUGCAGGUAACGGGAUUUACUGUGGAAUGGACACGGAUGCUGAUGGAAGGCCUGAUGUGUCUCUACCGUGCGGUAAUAUUAGUUUGUCAUGUGAGACUGGUAACUGUUCGUUUGAGUCCGGCAGUGGACAGGAGAACUCGGAUGGAGACGCUAACUUUAGUUUGUCAUGUGUGGCUGAUAACUGUCCGUUUGAGCCCAACAGUGGACAGGAGGACUCAGAUGGAGACGGUAUUGGUAAUGUUUGUGAUGUGGAUGAUGACAAUGAUGGGUUGACGGACAUCAAUGAUAACUGUGAUACAGUGGCGAGUCUUAAUCAGAACGACACGGAUGGUGACGGGUUUGGAGAUGCAUGUGAUAAUUGUGUAAAUACAAACAACACAGAUCAGACAGACACAGAUGGAGAUGGCAUAGGAGAUGCUUGUGAUAAUGAUGCAGACAAUGAUACGUUGGCUGAUGCCUUUGACAACUGUCCAUUCCACUUUAAUCCUGCACAGUUGGAUGGAGAUGGUGAUGACGUAGGCGACAUAUGUGACAAUUGUCCAUCAGUAAGCAAUAGGAAUCAAACAGAUUCGGAUGAGAAUGGACUGGGGGAUGAGUGUGAUGAUGGAAUGGAUCAAGACAAUGAUGGUAUUAUUGAUUCGAUAGACAACUGCCGUUCAAUCCCAAAUCCUAGUCAGAUUGAUACAGACCUGGGUGGUUGGGGUGAUGCUUGUGAUGAUGAUGAUGACAACGACAAUGUGGCAGAUGAGGAUGAUAACUGCCAGUUGGUGCGCAACCCUGGACAGGAGGAUUUCAAUAGAAAUAGAGUCGGAGAUGCAUGUGAAGGUGAUCUGGAUGGGGAUGGCAUUUUAGACAUCAACGAUGUUUGUCCCUUAAACGCUUUGAUACAAAGAGCAAAUUUCAGUAGUUUCAUUCCAAUUGCUCUUGAUCCCAUCGAAUCUCGACAGAACAAUCCCAUCUGGAUUGUUAACGACAACGGAGCUGAAAUUUCACAGACAGUCAACAGUGAUCCUAGCAUGGCUAUUGGGCGAGAUUUGUUUGGUUACGUGGAAUACAGUGGGACAUUGUACAUUGGUGUCAAUCUAGACGACGACUACGCUGGAUUUGUGUUUGCUUACCAAAGCAACAGAAAAUUUUAUUUGUGCAUUUGGAAGAAGAGCCGACAGCACUACACGUUUGGCAAUCAGUUCGCAUAUCCACAUCCUACUGCUCGUGCUGGCAUUCAGUUGAAAGUUAUUGACUCCAACACUGGACCUGGACCUGAUCUACGGGACGGAACUUGGAAUACGGGAAAUGUGGUGAACGAGUCUAGACUUCUCUGGACGAGUGAACCUUUUGGGUGGGAAUACGAAACGUCGUAUCGUUGGAAACUGACACACAAUCCAGACAACGGAUACAUACGAAUUGUAUGGACACAGGGAUCAACUGUAUUAACUGACAGCGGCCCUGUGUAUGAUACAACACAUUAUGGUGGUCGUCUUGGUGUGUUUGUGUUCUCACAAGAGAACGUCACUUUUUCUCAGCUCAGUUAUCGAUGCUUAGACAACACCGACUAUGCGUUGAAUUACGAUAAUGUGACAUCUGGGGCCAUCGCUGGCACGUAUGGUGACCUCGCCAUUGCAAAGAGUUCGUUCACCUUGGGAGCUUGGAUCUUCAUUAAUCAGUGCAAUCAGUUAACUUGCAACUUUGUGAGAACAACCGACUUUGGUCCAGCGUUUUUCCCACCUCUUGGACCAUUUUUUCAAUCUACAAAAGAUGACUUUGACUGGACUCUGACAAGUGGACAAACUCCUUCUAGAAACACGGGACCUUCAUCAGAUCACACAGGAAAUGGUGGAAACUACGCAUUUAUUGAAGGAUCACCACCUCAAACGGCUGGAGAUCAGGCUGUGUUUGAGACGGCUUGUUUUCCAUCUAGUCCUAAUUGCACGUUGACCUUUUGGUACCAUUUGCAUGAGACAGAGUCACUAACGCACCCAUUCAACACAUUCAUGGGGUCACUUGACGUUGCGGUAAAAGAAGGAGUCAAGAGCUGGCAAACUGUAUUCUACGUGGAAGGAAAUCACGGAGAUCAGUGGCAUCAGGCGGUUGUUGACCUUUCGGACUUUACUGGUGGCAUAACCGUCCGAGUAACGGGAAUCCGUGGAUUUCAAUUCGCAUCUGACUUGGCCAUUGAUGACGUCAGUUUCAGUGAUGGUUGUGGUUUAUCGUCUCGAUGUUCUGUUCUUGGAAAUAAACCGAUAUUUGGUACCUCAUCUGUGUCUACCAUACUAGAUAUCCAUACUGGCAUCAUAGAUGAGAAACUUCACGUUGGUCUCUUUGGCACAUCGAAUAUGAUCAUAGCAGACAUACCGUAUCUGACAUGGACUCACGUCGCCAUGCAAUAUGACCGCCAAGCCGGAACGCAGUCGCUCUACAUCAACGGUCAGUUGAACCAGACGUUAUGGUUUCCUGGGUUCUCUAAUGUUUCGCUCCACGAGAGCUCGUCGCUACUGAUCGGACAGAAUGGCUUGACGGUGCUGGAUGGCGCGUGGAUUGAUGAAAUACAGUUGUGGAACGCGGCCGUUAACGUGUCUUCUACGUACAAUCGUAAGUUUAGAGGGGAUCAAACACCAAAUCUGGUUGGAUACUGGAGGUUUAACAAAGGACCGUGUGGUCUAGCGUUUGAUGGAGCGGGCACGAAUGACGUCACCAUACCAGCAAAAGGACCGAAGUGGGUCGCGUCCUCCCUCGGACGGCUUCUGACCGUAGCCAACGGCUCUAGCUCUGACCGUGGCGGGCCCGCAGAAUCGCGCAGAAUGACUGGCUAUCGGUUUCUCGUUCUAAUUCUUGUUUGCCGCAUCGAGCCUCCGAUUUUCGCUUCCCGAGCUUUUCGUGAUUGUCAAUGCGAAUCGACUGCUGUUGUAUGCAGCAUGCAAACCAACACCUGGGGAGACGUCACAGUCAAGGGUGGCGUCGCCCAUGUCAAUCUAGGCCGUCGAAGAAACAGCAGUUGUGUCGGCACACUCCUGAAGCAUACAGGACGAUGGCUGUUUAAUUCGAUUGCACCUUGUACAUCUGCUAGAUGGAGACACCAGUCUGCAGAUUCCGUGGUGAAAGAAUUCGCACUGAUGCAAAGCCUUUCUUCCACGUACUAUGCUAAUUCACCUUGCUACCGAGAUCAACUCAACAUCAGCAAUCCCGAAUUAGGGUUAAAGAUACCCGACCAGCUUCAGGUUAUCCAACAUAUUUAUGAAGACAAGCUUGGCAGACUUUACGAGAGAACAAUAGAUGUUGAACAAGCAGAGCAACUGGAAAAGCUACUACAGUCGUCAACCGAGUGUGACUGCGAACUCGAAAUUAUCACCAAAUGGCUGUUGGGUAGAGGACGACCAACUCGUGUGGCUUGCUAUGUUGACAACACGGUCAUGUUGUCAGUCACACUAGAAGGUGAUAGAUGUGGUGUAUUGUCAACAGACGGUGGCAAUUUUUCGUGCGCUCAACGUUCACUCGACGAGGAAUCGUGUGUUCUCGCUUGCAAUCCCGGCUAUACUUUACAUCACAGCAACAGUCACUCGAAUCAUUUUGUAUGCAAUAAAUCUGACGGAUGGGAGAGUGGAAUCCCAUACUGUGAGGCUAUUGAUUGUGGUCCCUUUCUACUACCCAAGCAUCAUCCUGGCUCAGUGACCUGCUCGGGAACAAAGCUUAACGAUGAGUGUGUAGUUUCAUGUUUGCUUGGAUAUGAUUUGGAUGAACCAUCUGUACCAACGUGUCAGGAGAAUGGCAUAUGGAGCAAUGCUAACAUCUCUUGCAUUCCAAUUACGUGUCCACCUUUGGUAAUGCUGAAUGCGAGUGUAGUGUGUUCAGGAGGCGAUCACUUGAACACAAAGUAUCAUUGCAUUGUCACAUGUGAUGCAGGAUUUUGGGCACGAAGCGAGUCAUUGUUUGUUACAUCGUAUGAAACAACCUGUGAAUCAUCUGGGAAAUGGAGUAAUGACGUCCUACGAUGCAUUUCUUUGACGUGUGAGUUACCACAGACGCCGGCAAAUGGCAACCGCACUUGCACUGGAGUAGGAUUUCUAGACAUGUGUAGCUACACUUGUUUGCACGGAUUCUAUCUCGAUGGAGCUCAUGACCGUGUGUGUGGCCGAGAUGGACGUUGGUCUAACACCGACCCCUUAUGUCGGCCGGUUCUAUGCGGACCAGUGGCAAGUGUUAAUAAUGCCAGAGUCGCGUGUGAGUCUCAGCAGUUUGGUGGUGUCUGUGUCAUCACGUGUCGUGUUGGGUUUUGGGUGGACGGUGUGGAGGGUCUCUCUACUUACCAACGAACGUGCACUGCAGAUGGAGUGUGGAAUGGAUCAAGCGUUGUUUGUCGAUCGGCUUUGUCUGACGAUGUAGUGUUUCCUUCUCAUCUUCCUUCACUUCCUCCGACUUCUUCUGUUAGCAGUUUGAGAAGCAGCUGUAUUGCAGCAGUGGUGACAUGUGGGUCUAGAGAUCGACAUCAGUUCACGUGUACGUGUAAUGCUGGCUUUGCAGGCAAUGGCACGUGCUGUGGGAAAGACACGGAUGCCGAUGGAAGGCCUGAUGUGUCUCUCCCGUGUGCUAACGUUAGUCUAUUUUGUGUGGCUGAUAACUGUCCGUUUGAGCCCAACAGUGGACAGGAGGACUCAGAUGGAGACGGUAUUGGUAACAUUUGUGAUGUGGAUGAUGACAAUGAUGGGUUGACAGACAUCAAUGAUAACUGUGAUACAGUGGUGAAUCCUAGUCAGAACGACACGGAUGGUGACGGGUUUGGAGAUGCAUGUGAUAAUUGUGUAAACAUAGAAAACACAGAUCAGACAGACACAGAUAGUGAUGGCAUAGGAGAUGCUUGUGAUGACGAUGCAGACGAUGAUUGGUUUGAUGGUGCCUUGGACAACUGUCCAUUCCACUUUAAUCUUGGACAGUUGGAUGGAGAUGGUGAUGACGUAGGCGACGUAUGUGACAAUUGUCCAUCAGUGAGCAACGAGAAUCAAACAGAUUCAGAUGAGAAUGGACUGGGGGAUGCUUGUGAUGAUGGAAUGGAUCAAGACAAUGACGGUAUUAUUGAUUCGAUUGACAACUGCCUUACAAUCCCCAAUCCUAGUCAGAUUAAUACAGACCUGGGUGGUUGGGGUGAUGCUUGUGAUGAUGAUGAUGACAACGACAAUGUGACAGAUGAGGAUGAUAACUGUCAGUUGGUGCGCAACCCUGGACAGGAGGAUUCUAACACAAAUGGAAUCGGAGAUGCAUGUGAAGGUGAUCUGGACGGUGACGGCAUUUCGGACAUUGAUGAUGUUUGUCCCUUGAAUGUUCUGAUAAGCAAAACAGAUUUCAGCAGUUUUACUCAAAUCUCUCUUGAUCUCAUCAAAUCCCAACAGAACAGUCCCAUUUGGAUUGUUAAUGACGAUGGAGCUGAAAUUCUACAGACAGUCAACAGUGAUCCUGGCAUGGUUAUUGGGCGUGAGUCGUUUGCUUAUGUGGAAUACAGUGGGACACUCUACAUCGGUGUCAAUAAUGACGACGACUAUGCUGGAUUCGUGUUUGCUUACCAAAGCAACAGAAAAUUUUAUGUGUGCAAUUGGAAGAGGAGUCGACAAUACUACACGUUUGGCAAUCAGUUUGCAUAUCCACAUCCUACUGCUCGUGCUGGCAUUCAGUUGAAAGUUAUUGACUCCAACACUGGACCUGGACCUGAUCUACGGGACGGAACUUGGAAUACGGGAAAUGUGGUGAAUGAGUCUAGACUUCUCUGGACGAGUGAACCUUUUGGGUGGGAAUACGAAACGUCGUAUCGUUGGAAACUGACACACAAUCCAGACAACGGAUACAUACGAAUUGUAUGGACAAACGGAUCAACUGUAUUAACUGACAGCGGCCCUGUGUAUGAUACAACACAUUAUGGUGGUCGUCUUGGCUUGUUUGUGUUCUCACAAGAGAAUGUCACUUUCUCUCAACUCAACUAUCGAUGCUUAGAUAAUACCGACUUUGCGUUGACGUACGAUAACGUGACAUCUGGAGCGGUCGCAGGCACAUACGGUGAUCUCGACAUCACAAAUAGUACGUUCACUUUGGGAGCUUGGAUCUUCAUCAAUCAGUGCAAUCGGUUAACUUGCAACUUUGUGAGAACAACCGACUUUGGUUCAGUAUUUCUCCCAUCUCUUGGGCCGUUUUUUCAGUCUACACAAGAUGACUUUGACUGGAGUUUUGUUGCGAAUGCAUCAACUCCUUCUAGAAACACGGGACCGUCAUCAGAACACACGGGAAAUGGUGGAAACUACGCAUUUAUUGAAGCAUCAUUACCUCAACAACCUGGAGAUCAGGCUGUGUUUGAGACGGCUUGUUUUCCAUCCAGUCCUACUUGCACGUUGACCUUUUGGUACCAUUUGUAUGAGAUAGAGUCACAAAAGCCUGAAUACAUCAACAGAUUCAACACAUUCAUGGGGUCACUUGAUGUUGCGGUAAAAGAAGGAGUUGAGAGCUGGCAAACUGUAUUCUACGUGGAAGGAAAUCACGGAGAUCAGUGGCAUCAGGCGGUUGUUAACCUUUCUGACUUUACUGGUGGCAUAACCGUCCGAGUAACGGGAACUCGUGGAUAUCUCUUCUCAUCUGACUUGGCCAUUGAUGAUGUCACGUUCAGUGAUGGUUGUGGUUUAUCGUCUCGAUGUUCUGUUCUUGGAAAUAAACCGAUAUUCGGUACCUCAUCCGGGUCUGGUAUCUAUACUGGUAUCAUAGAUGAGAAACUUCACGUUGGUCUCUCUGGCACGUCAGAUGUUAUGAGUAUAGCUAACGUACCGUAUCUCACAUGGACUCACGUCGCCAUGCAAUAUGACCGCCAAGUCGGAACGCAGUCGCUCUACAUCAACGGUCAGUUGAACCAGACGAGCUCAACACUGUUUGCUGAUGUACUCGCCAAAGAGUCGUCGCUACUGAUCGGACAGAAUGGCUCAACAGUGCUGGAUGGCGCGUGGAUUGAUGAAGUACAGCUGUGGGACGCAGCCGUUGAUGUAUCUUCGACUUACAAUCGUUAUUUGACGGCAGAUCAGACACCAAAUCUUAUCAGAUAUUGGAAAUGUGAUGAAGGGUAUGGAUAUUUCUUGACGGAUACAACGGGCACCGUCAAUGCCAGUCUCCCUAUUGGUGGACCGAAAUGGGUGGCAUCGUCACUAGAACUGGAGAGCAAGUGGCUGUCGCCAUGAUACAAGAAAUGUAAUAAGUAAGGUACAUGUACACUGUACUGUAUAUAUUCUAUAAGUUGUAGUGUAUACAGUGACUGAUCGAGUAAGGAUCAGUAUGGCUUGUAGAGAACCAAGUUCUACGUCUAGUG